GGCAAGCCAGGGAAAAAUCGCAGAAGAGGAGUUAAUUGAUCGCCUAAUGGUUUUUCUUGGCCACCUCGUACAGCGCAAGACUUUGAAGAGAAACAUGAGGGAGAUGGUCGAAUUAGGUCUUUCUGCAAAACAGCAGAAGGCUUACAAAUUACAGCAAAUUAAGAAGGAGGUUCAUGAAAUGAUAAAAUCACGUGUAUCAGUUUUGAAGUCGAAGGGGCAUGAUCAACUUAAUGAUUCAGCGGAUGAUUUUCAGAAUGUUAUUAGCACUGAUGAGAGAAGAGCUUUAACAGGAAGAUACAGUAUGGAUGUCGCUUUGGAAGAAAAGCUUUGUGAUCUCUACGAUUUAUACGUUGAGGGGAUGGAUGAAGAGAAGGGGCCUCUGAGCCGAAAACUUUAUGUCGAGUUUGCAGAGCUAUGGCCUGCUGGUUACAUGGAUAAUCUAGGAAUCAAGGAUGCAAUAUACAGGGCAAAGAAGCGCAGACAGCAUAAGCUUCAGGUUCGUAAUAAAGAGAGGAUUGAGAGGAAGAAGUUAGCAUCAAAAGUGAAGUUACAGGAACCAACUCUGAUCGCUCAAACACAAGCUGGUCAAGAAAGACAUAUGGUUCCUACAUUCCGGGUUCCUCGUCCCCAGGACAAGCCAAUUUCAAGCCUAAGCCCUUCAAUACAAAACAAACUGAAUGAUCCAACUCCAUUUCGGAGUGACACAUAUGGAUCCAAACACCAUGAAAAAGCUCGACGAAUCAGCGCAGAUAUUAUUUCAGAUGUUGGAAGCAAAAUAAUUUCUACAGAUAUGAGAAAAAAGAUGAAGAUGCAGGCACCGCCUGAAAAGGUGAAGCAUUACAAUGGUACAAGCCUGAGUCUCCAACAAUCCAAACCCAGUACUCAAAUGCCUGCUUCUGCAACCUCAGUUCAACCGAGCUGA